AAGUCUUCUUUUUUUGGGCCUAAACUCCUGCUCUGCCUCUGCUCGCCGUCGCCUCUCUCUCUUCUUCCACUGUCAGCCCGUCACCGCCUGCCGUCUCUGUAUCAGUCUCGCUCCCAAUCGUGGUCACCGCCAUCACGGCAUUCUCCCAACGUCGACCCAAUCGUCAAUCCCUAGGACCUCGCGAACCUCUUCCUUCUCUCUCCCUUGCGUUCCUGUUGCUUCCCUCAGUCUCGCCGUGACUGCGUCUGGUUCUGUGCGUGGCUGCUGGUCUCUCCCUCGGUUAUUCAUUUUUCAUCGGUUUGGGAUAAACCUUCUUGUACGCUGUAGCAGAGGGCAAAAUGGCACCGAGAUGGAAAGGGAAAGAUGCGAAAGCUAAAAAAGAUUCAGAAGCUGAAGCACACAACGAGCCCAUGUCAAAGAUAAUAUCUCAGCUUCGGUCUUCUCUAAUUCAAUCAGAUGCUACUGGAUUUCUCUCUGGUAACAGUGUCCGUGUAGCAGUUGAAGCAGAACAAACAGAUCUCUUUGUUAAAGCAUGCUUUGGUCAACCAGUGAGCACAGUUGAGAAGGACAAACAGUGGUUUCAGUUAGGCUUGGAAGAAGCCUUUUACCUUUGCUAUUCAUUGAAAUGCCUUAAAAUUAAUGGCAGUAAUAGCUGCUCCCAAGAUGAUGAAGAGCUAUGGUAUUGCAUGAAAUCCAAGAAAAGAGCAUUCCCUUCUGUCUACAAAGGUUAUUCUCACCUUCGGUUGAAAAAUUGGGUGGUGAGGCCUGGAGCUCAGUAUGGUGUGGACUUUGUUGUCUAUCGCCAUCACCCAGCUCUGGUCCAUUCUGAGUAUGGGGUACUUGUUUUAUCAGGUGAAGAUGAUAAUGACUGUAAUGGAAGAUUGAGAGAGUGGUCUGAUUUUCACUGCACAACCCGACUGCUUGGUAGUGUUGCAAAAUCCUUGUUGGUUUUGUACAUCUGUAAAAAUGGUAGCAGUGAUGACUCCCCUUCAUGCUUGGCAAAAUAUACGGUAGAAGAGCGCACGAUCACUAGAUGGAGCCCUCAACAAUGCCGUGAAGGGUGAAGGUUGUGCAAACAUAUAUAAUCCUCCGGUCUUAUAUUUAGGAUCGGAGGAGUAGGUUACAGAAACAGAUAAGAUGUGCUGUAUACAUACAAUGCCAUUAAAUUUUGCUAACUGCUUAAGCUAGUUAUAUGAAAAUAGUUAUUUAUGCGUAGUCUAUUUCUGAGCAUGUCUUGGCACAUUCAACCAAAAAUUUUAUGAAGAGAGGGAUGGCAAUUGUUGAUGAUUUGGAAUUGCCAAGCUUAA